AUGCUUGAUAAUCUUGAACAAAAUAUGAAACAUAAAAAAGUUCUGUUAUAUUAUUUUUUGUGUGUUAUUUACAACUAUGUAGUUCAUAGUAAUAGAAUAAAACCUGUACAAAAAAUAGGAAAUGUUAACUUAUGUAUUGUAAAUACGAGAUCAGAUGAAGUUGAAGAAUGUAUAUUAGAAAACGAAUUUGGUAAAUUACUUUUAUUUAUUUGCAAAGUAGAUGAUUCUAAUAGUUUAAUAGCAAGAGCAAAACCUGCUGAAUGUGCCUCUAAAACAUAUGUAAAUCAAAAUAAUCCAAAUGAAAACUCACCUGAAACUAAUACUUAUGAUAUUUUUCAAAAUUUAUAUGGAACAAAUAAUUCCUCUCUAACAGCAUCUUUUGCUUUUUACGGUACUCCUUAUUCAAAUAAAGAUAUUGAAUUUAGUUGUUUAUGUUAUGGAGAUAAAAAAACUAAUAUAAAGAAUAUAAUGAGAAUAAAUUUUAGAAAGACAAGCAAAAAAAUUAAAGGAUGUGACUUUGGAGAUAACGUGAAAUCAAGAAGAGAUCUUACAAGUAACAGAACAUUAAAUGAAAAUUCCUCCUGUGUUGUACAUGCUUUUCCUGGUGACAUAAUUGGAAUAAAUUGUUUCAAAAAAUACAACGAUAAUAGUUAUAAUGAUAAAUUAGAGUUGAUACCAAAUAAAUGUUUUCAUAAUAUUUUUUAUGGAUAUGAUCUAGUAUUAAAUUCAAAAAAUCUAAUACCAAAUUCUAGAGUUAUACCAGAUCCAUCAUCUGACGUAGAGUUAACAAAAAUGCAUUCUUUUUUUUCCUAUCUAAUUUUACCAGACAAUUUACAAGAAAAUCUAAGGAUUGGUUGUGCUUGUAAAAGAAAUCAAUAUGCAGGUUAUAUGGUUAUUUACACAAAAACGAGAAACAAUUUUCUCGAUGAUGAUAACAAUGAAGGAAAAUAUAGUGUUAAAGGAAGUAGUGAACAACAUAAUCAAGAUGAAUCAAUUGAACCAAUUGAACCAGUUAAUCCAGUUGAACGAAUUGAGCAAGUUGAGCCAGUUGAGCCAGUUGAACCAGUUGAGCCAGUUAAACCAGUUGAGCCAGUUAAACCAGUUAAACCAGUUGAACCAGUUAAACAAAAUGAACGGGUUGAACGAAUAGUUAAAAAAGUUGAUCCCAUUGAGCAAAUUGAGCAUAUUGAUAAUGAUAUACAAAAUGAUCAAAAUUACUCAAAUUACCAUAAUGAACAAAAUUUGGAUACCCAAAAAUAUAUUUAUGGUUAUGAUAAUAGUAAUAAUUCUGAUAAUGAAAAUACUGAAGAUACUGAAAGGAUAUUUUAUAAGAAUGGAGAUGAAGAGUAUGAUAUAAGAGAUAGAUUAAAUAUGGAUAAAAGAAAAAGUAGAAGAACAUUUUGGCAGAACUUAUUCGGAUUAUCUUCCUCUUAUUAUUUAGGACUUAAUUAUUUACUAUAUAUGUUCCUAUUUAUUCAAAUAUAUUAA